AUGAUCCUAAAUAUUGUAGCAUUCAUUUCAUUAUCGAUGCACUGCACUUUUAUCUACUCAUCGACAGGCUUCUUAUACAAGCAAUACGCAUCCACUUUAUGCAAACAUAUUCGUAAGAGUAUAUAUACUGUCAGCCUUAUAAGACAAAGAAGCUUUUUGGAAGGCAUACCAGAAUAUCGUGCGACUAGAUUUUUGGGACUUCCAGUCAGAGUGUCUUGUACGAAUACUGCACACUCACUGAAGGCUUCUAAUCAUACCAACGAAACUCAAUCCAAAGAAUCAAAUACUCAAAAAGUUCCGCUUAAAAGAGGUGAAGAGUUGGAACUAAGAAUACAAAGUUUGGUUUCUGGUGGAGACGGUAUAUCUCGUAUAGGAAGAUAUGUCGUUAUGGUACCACACUCCGUCCCAGGACAACUAGUCAAAGUUGUUGUUGGACGUGUGAGAAGUUCCUAUGCCAACGCCAAAGUUACUCAAGUUGUCGAACACUCACCUUAUGAAGUAGAACCUUUGUGCAAACACUUUGGGCAAUUUGGUUGUGGUGGUUGCAAGUUCCAACAUAUUUCAUAUGAAAAGCAACUGGAACAAAAAUAUCAGCAAGUACUUUGGCACUUUGAAAGUUUAUUGACUCGUUUGAAUCAUACUGUGGAGAAUGUUAUGAAGCCAAUCGUUGGCUCUCCUAUUAUAUUUGGAUAUCGAAAUAAGAUGGAAUUUAGUUUCGGUACUAGGCGUUGGAUUCCUGGCGACCAUUUGUCUGAAAGCGAGAGAGUUUCGCUAGUCAUAGAAGAGAAUAAAUUGAGGAGACAGGAAGCAGUGUUUGAAACAAAUGAAGGAAACUUUGUGUUGGGUUUAAAACCGUCUGGACAUUUUGAUAAAGUUUUGCCAAUAGAAUAUUGUCACAUACAGGAGACCAUAGCCAACGAUAUAAUGAAAUUGGUUCAGAAGCGAACGAGUGAAAUGCAUACCACUGCCUAUGAUGUUUAUUCUCACCAAGGCUUUUUGAGAAACUUGGUAAUUAGAACAGCACAUAAUGAACAGAAUGAAACGGAAGUUAUGGUCAAUUUCGUAACGUCUUUUGGUGAAGAUUCCAACCGACUAAAGCCACUUGCACUGGAAUUGGGAAGGCAAUUUCCUUGUAUUAGAUCUAUUGUGCAGAACUUUACGACAUCCAAAGGUGGUGCAUCAAAGGGUGAGGAGGAACAAGUAUUGUACGGUUGUAAUUAUAUUCAACACUAUAUAUUGGGACGAACCUUGAGAUUUACGGCCAAUUGUUUCUUUCAAACGAAUCCAAUGCAAACAGAGAAACUAUAUCAACUUGUACGAGAAGCUGCCCAUUUGAAAAUGGAAGAUGUCUUAUUAGAUCUCUUUUGUGGAAUUGGAAGCAUAGGAUUGUGUCUCGCAGCAGAUUGUAAAUACGUUUAUGGUAUCGAUGUGGUUGAAGAAGCCAUCCAAAUGGCAAAAGUCAAUGCGGAAAUCAAUGGAGUAGGAAAUGCAGAAUUUAUCCUCGCGAAUCUUGAAAAGUCUUCCUUACAAGAUCCUGAAGUUCAAAGACUCUUUCACAGAAAUGGUAUAUUGUCUCCAAAUGUUGUCAUCGUCGAUCCUCCUCGAGGAGGUUUGCAUCCAACAUUGAUAAAAUGGCUUAGAUGGCUCAAACCAAAGAGAAUAGUGUAUGUAAGUUGCAACCCUGCAACCCAAUAAGUGUACAGCCUGUGGAUAUGUUCCCACAC